CUUAGGGUUUAUUUCUCUGAAGUCUGUCUAUCUUUCACAUCAGUUCUCACCGUCGCUGCCUCUCUUAAGGUGACAAUGAAGACAAGUUAGCUACUCGGGCUGGCAAACUUGUCCGCGUCUAUUGUCCAGUCAAAUAUGUGGAUUGGAGGAAGGUUCCAGAGAACUACAAGAAAGAUGUGAGGUAUAAGUUGUUGCAAGAAUUUGAGUUCAAUGUGCCAAAUCAUUUGGCCAAGUAUAUUGUUAUGGGGUCUCUUCCAUAAAAGUUCAGGACAUUUAAACAUGUUGGAAAAUAAAAUCCACAAGCUCGCUAAAAAGGAAGGUUUGGUAGUUGAGGCUGCACGAGGACUUGCUUGGAUGAAUGGUCAUGUUGGGAAAGAUGGAAUAGUAAAUCCUUCGGCUGUUGAAAAAUAUGAGCAAGUAAAGGCCGCUAGAGCUAGGAGGCAGGACCUAAUCAAUGCAGGAUUGGCAUCCGCUUCAGACUUUGAGAAUGAUGAGAUUGCUGAAGUCUUUGGACCUGAAAAAUGCAGAGCUGGUUUGUUGGGUUAUUCUCCACUUGUCUCGAAGAAGCAAGCCUUAUACGCGAGUGUUGCGAUGCGGUUCCCAAUCAGUAUUGCACCAAUGACUGAUCAUAUGGAUGAGGCUCUACUGCCAAAGCAUACUGAACUAAUCACCAAUGUUGUGCUGCAAGUUAUGGCAAGACAGCAACAAAACCAACAUUCUUCCAGCACAAACCCAGGUACUGGUGGUGUUGAAUAUCCCUAUGGAAAUCAAGUUGUGCUCCUUUACAACAGAAAAAGGGAAGUUGUUGCUACAGGUCAUGUUGUAUAUGGCAUAGAUGGAGAACAUUGUGAGGGACUUUUAGUGCAGCUAGAAGAGAGAAAGGUAUGUCUUGAAACCAUCGAGGAUGGUAACUGUGUUGUACCUGACAGUCCUCAAGGUGAUCGCUGUUAUCUGAGAGAGUAUGUUGUAAAUGAAUCAGUAAUUUGGAUCGUGUUUCGUAUGGAAUUUAUGGAGUCUGCCAUGAAUGAAAACUUCUUCAGUAACUACUUUUUGUGCAGUGGAAACAUAUCCUGCUUUUUAUUUUGAGGAGCACA